AUGAAACCUAUCAAAAUGAAUAAAAUGUCAACCCCUGGUACAUCGCAACCAGCAGCAUCAGUCCAAGAGUUCAAAAUUAGAGUACCGAAAAAUGUAAAGAAGAAAUAUCAUGUGAUGAGGUUUAAUGCCACACUUAAUGUUGAUUUUGCUAAUUGGACUCAUGUUAAAAUGGAAAGAGAGAACAAUAUUAAGGAGUUUAAAGGAGUUGAGGAAGAAAUGCCUAAAUAUGGUGCUGGUUCAGAGUAUGGGCGUGAUAUGCGUGAAGAGGCACGUCGUAAAAAGUUUGGUAUAAUCUCUCGUAAAUAUAAACCAGAAGACCAGCCCUGGAUAUUAAAAGUUGGUGGAAAGACUGGAAAAAAAUUCAAAGGUAUUAGAGAGGGUGGUGUCUCAGAGAAUGCUGCAUACUAUGUAUUCACACAUGCUGAUGAUGGCGCCAUUGAUGCUUAUCCAUUGCAAGAAUGGUAUAAUUUCCAACCCAUACAACGUUAUAAAGCUCUAUCUGCUGAAGAAGCUGAGCAGGAGUUUGGAAGACGUAACAAAGUAAUAAACUACUUCUCGCUGAUGUUCCGCAAGCGCAUGCGCGGCGACGACGCCGCCGACGACGGGGAAGACCCCGACGAGAAGAAGACCAAAAACUCCAAGGCUAAGAAAGAUCUCAAGAUAUCAGAAAUGGACGAAUGGAUAGACUCGGACGACGAGUCGUCGGACUCAGAGGGCGGGGAGAAGGACAAAGAGAAAGAAGACAGUGAUUCUGGAACUAAGAAGAAGAAGAAUAAAAAAGCACCACCGAAGAAGAAGAAGAAAGUAGAAGACGAAGCGUAUGAAGAGAGUGAUGAUGGAGAUGAAGAAGGCCGAGAAAGGGACUAUAUAUCUGACUCAUCUGAAAGUGAAUCCGAUCACGAGAAUAAAACGAACAAGGAGUUAAAGGGAGUUGCGGAAGAAGACGCUUUGAGGAAACUGUUAACGUCAGACGAAGACAGUGAAGAGGAGCAAGAGCAGAAGCAGGAGUCGGAGCAAGAGGAUGAGCCUACAAAAGACGGAGAAGAACGCGCCAGCAAACUCACGAAGAAGAAGAAGAAGCCCGAUGAGAACAAAAAAGAUUCGAGCAGUGAGUUCAGUUCAGACUCAGACACUGACCAAGAGAGUAGCUCCAAGAAACCAAAGAAGAGCAAGAAUGGAACUGCGGAAGGCAAGAACCCACCAAGUGCCACUAAAAAUGGCAACAGCAGCGCGAGCACGUCGCGCGCCGGCACGCCGGUGCCCGCGCCCGGACACGCGCCCGCCAAGCGCCCCAAGCUCGACCCCGCCUACACCGAGUGCGGCGUGACGGAGGAAGCAGUGAGGCGGUACCUCGCGCGCAAGCCCAUGACCACCACGGAACUGCUCACCAAGUUCAAGUCCAAGCGCACCGGCGUCAGCUCCGACCGCCUCGUCGAGACCAUGACCCAGAUACUCAAGAGGAUCAACCCUGACAAACAGAACAUCAAUGGGAAGAUGUAUUUGAGUAUCAAACAGUCG